AUUGAAUCGCUCUUUUCGGUUUCUACAGUCAGUUUUUCAAAAUCGCGGUAUGCUUGAGUCACCCGCAACCGUAGCUUCUGCAACUCAAAGGUUGGUCCCUAGAAGGCAAACAAUUGAAGAUGCUUAUUCACCACCAGCAAAUUUCUUAGAGAUUGAUGUGUGCAACCCUCUCACUCACGAGGAUGGUAAAGACCGCUUCACAGACUAUGAAGUUAGUCUUAGAACAAAUUUACCUAUAUUUGCACACAAAGAGUCUUCGGUUCGUCGGAGGUAUAGUGAUUUCAAAUGGCUUCGUGACGAACUAGACCGUGAAAGCAAGAUUGUUGUUCCUCGAUUACCAAGUAAAGCAUGGAAACGCCAGUUACCUUUUCGGGCAGACAAAGGUAUAUUUGAUGAAGAUUUCAUCGAGGAGCGACGAAAAGGACUAGAAAACUUUAUUAACAAGGUUGCUGGACAUCCAUUAGCUCAAAAUGAGAAAUGUUUACAUAUGUUUCUUCAAGAAAAAGUCAUUGAUCGUAACUGUAGACUUGGAAAAUUACGUAAUAUCUGAAGUACUAAAUUUAUGAAAUCAAUUAAUUAUUACGUAAUAUGAUUGUCGCUGUUGAUUAUAUCAGAUAGAUUGGAGAUAUUGUCAAAUAACCUGGUGGUGCUUAUAUUCUCUUUCACUUUCACUUCUCAUGUUAUCACUAACUCUUCUUUUUUUUCUGCUAUUAUCAUUGACUUUGUCAUUACUUGUAUAUUUUCUUAUAAUAAUAUAUCUUCUUUUAGGGUCAUAUUCAUGUGCUUGUUCAACUUUUUCAAAAUUAUAUUCCCCCCAAACAUUUCCUUGUUGUUCUCAUAGACAAACUACAUCACAUUCAUAAAACACUAAUAUAUUGUUACUAAUAAAGGAUUAAUCAUUCGAUUAGUUCUCUAUUUUAUCAACGAGUAUCAUUAACAGUUUGCAUAUACAUGUAUGUAUGUAUGUAUGUGUGUGUGUGUGUAUUCAUUUGCUUGUCUCUAGGAUCAUUAGUCAAUGUACUAAUCAUUGUUUACGUAUUGAUAUUAUUGUGAUUCAUUGACUACUUUACGAAUAAAUAUGAUGAUGAACAAUUGCUUUUCAAUAUAUAUGGACGUUUAUCAUUACUUUGUUCUAAUCUGAUUUGCUUUAUUUGAUUUAGUUUCAUGAUCUUUAACUUAUUGUCUCUUUUAUGCAUCUAAUUCAUUUCAUCGGAUCACACUAUUCAUACAUGUAUGAAUGCACUUAUACACACAUAUAUGUGUGUAAAAUGUUAUUGUCAUAGUGUUAUAAUGAUUAUUAAUGAAGCGGAAAUUUUAUUGUUGUGAUAAAUGUGAUUUUCUUUUCCCUCAGUGCUUUUUUUGAAGUUCGGUUCAUACCAGGGUCAAGGGUGCGUCUUGUAGUUGUCGAGUGUGUCAUGGUAUCGAUUGUCUACCUAUGAUAUGGUUGUGGUAUAAUCUACACAUUGAAGUAUCUCCAUAAAAUUCCUCUACUAAAAUCAGUGAUUGAACUUAGUAUAAAGAAAGAAGAGGGCAGUUAUUCGAUUUGAUUGUGUUCAGAUGAUUCCAACCGGUUAAAAAGAUUUGAACGACAUUUACUGUAUAUCAAGAUUGAAUUACUAAACUCAAUGAAAUUGAGAAGUAACCGCUUUAAUCACAUGAAUUUAUCUUCUUGUGUCAACCUAUUGUAAUACUUCUUACGUAAAUUUGUCAUUCACAAUAUCACUGGAUAAUCUUUAAGAAGUUAUCUUACCUCCCCCCUCCAGUGUAAUCGUAUAUAAUUGUUUUCGGAACUGUUCAACAUUCGAUAUAUUCAUCAUUAGUAUUGGAUAGUCUGUCAGUCAAUAAGUAAUUCCUAAAAGCGUUAAUAGGGUGUAUGAGUCGUUUUUAAAAUUGUGGUAUUCGAACUGGAUUUAAAAUUAAUAUCACGUCUGAGUGAAAAGUGUUUUAAUUUUGAGCAUCAGAAAUUGGUGAAUCGAAAUAGUGUUUUGAACAUGAAUGAAAAAUUCACAGUUCCUUUAUGAAGAAAUCAUUUACAUGAGUAUACUUCAGAAUAAAUUUCUUGGCCUUAAGCUCCAUUAUCAGUUUAUUUUAUUUAUUUAAUUGAACACUUAAAUAUUGAUACAACGAGGCACCGAAUACAUGUGCUAAACAAGUCACUUGAUUUGUGUGUGUGUGGGCUGAGAUGCUGUCCGGGUGCCCAAACUGAAGCAAGUGGUUUUCUGAGGGAACCACACCCCGAGUCUUUUACCCAAAGGUCUGAUCCACAAUGCAGUGGAGCAACGUUAGGGGAUGCAGUUCAAUGGUAACCGGUGACCAACGAUUGGUUCAUA